AUGCACCAGAUUUACAGCUGCAGCGACGAAAAUUUAGAAGUUUUCACCACCGUGAUUUCCUCCAAAUCAUGUAGUCCUGCCCGAAGACGAGCCAGAAGUACGCAGCACAUCCUAACAAAGAGUGUGGUAGCCAUAUCCGACCAUCGGCCCCACAGGACGGAGAGGCUGCAGCCCCACCAAGGCGACCUCCUCCAGGUGCUGUACAGCGAAGAUGAGCUGCGGGGCUUGGGCCGCCUGCAGAACAGGCAGCGGGGACCCUGCCCCACCAAGGGUGCUGCCCUGCAUG